CAGACGGGAGGUGGAGGAAAGACGGAGAGAGGAGAGGUACACCGCGCUGAUCGAGAGGGUCGGGCUGGCGAUACCUCCCACAGCAUCAGCAGAAUGCAGCUUCAUAGCGCCCAAAGCCAGGACGCACAAAAUGACGGCGGAUGAUGAUCCAGAGGCAUACCUGGUGGCAUUUGAGCGGCUGGCUACCACCGCGUCAUGGCCCCGACAGUUCUGGGCAAGCCAGCUGGGACCCUGCCUGAUUGGGGAAGCGCAGGCAGCAUACCAGGCAAUGACGACGCCGCUCAAUAUGACCUGGUAAAGCUGGCUAUUCUCCGCCGUCUGAAUAUUACGGAGGAAACGCACCGAGUGAGGUUCAGGGAGUACAGGAGGUCCCCGAACGUACGCCCCAGGGUGGUCGCGCAGAAACUCUGUGACCACAUGAUACACUGGCUCACCCCGGCGCUAAAAACAACUGCCCAGAUGGGGGAGGCCAUCGUUAUUGAGCAGUUUUGUCAUGUGGUCGGCGCCGAGACCCAAGGAUGGAUACGGCGCCACAACCCCGACACCCUGGAACAGGCAGUCAAGCUCGCUGAGGACUUCGAGGACUCCCUGGUAUCCGCCCAGACCGGGCUACUCACCCCGCUACAUCAACGGAGCAGCCGAGCCCCACCUCCUCUCUCUACUCCAUCAGCCCCACCACCAGGACCGGGUCAACGACCUCCGAGAGCACCAACCCCAAUGGGCGACCUUGCCUCCUCUUCAUGGAGACCAAGGUUGGCCCCCAGCUGGGGUAGAGGUGCUGCCCCUGCCCCGUUGCCAUACCAGCAGCGGGACAGACCAUUUAAUACUGUGCCCUCCUUUCCCCCUACCUGUUUUAGGUGCCGCCAGCCGGGACAUCAGGCUAGGUCAUGCCCAUCUGCGAUGGAGUGUGACGUGGCCGUCUGUAAUCUGGCAUCUGAAGCGGCCACUGAAGGAUACUGAUCACGAUCCGGAGCUGCAGCCGCAGGCCAGCGACAAAACCGGACUUCACCAUUCACGCUUUGCACUGUCUGAACUGUCUUUGUUUUCACCACUAGCACUAUAAUCACGCACUGUCAAAACUGUGUCUGUGUUUUUGUGUUUUAUGUGGGUGACGAAACGGGACUUUUUUGGGUUACGGGUCAAACCCGUUGGAUUAUAAAACGGAGUGAUACACGCCGCUGUACCACUUCCUACAGUGUUAUUAUUUGCAGGUUUGCCUUAAGGCU